AUGCUCGUGUUUUUUUCUCCUUUUCCCAUAUUCCACUUUCUUUUUUUUAAUUUUCAUUCUUUAAUUUUUUUUUCCUUCUUUUUCUGCUUUCUUCCCUUGACUUCGUUAUUACACCAUUUUCAUUCAUUUUCCCUCUCAUUCAUUUUCAUUCUUUUCUCGCUUUCUAUUUUUCUUCUCCUUUUAUUUUUCUUCUUUUUUUUUUCUUUUUCUUGUCAUUAUCUCUACGUAAUUAUCUUUUGUUUCUUUUUCAUAUUUUUUUCUUCAUUUUUUCUGUCUUCUAUUUUUUUUUUCCUUCUUUUAUUUUUCUUUCCCAACUUCGUUUCUCCAACAUCUUCUCAAUUUUCUCAUCCCAAACCACAUCUGCGUGCAUUAUCCUCUAACUCUCCAUCUAUCUAUCUAUCUAUCUAUCUAUCUAUCUAUCUAUCUAUCUAUCUAAGUGUACUCAGAUCCCAAUAUCUCACCAUCUAUUUCAGUAUCCAUAUCUAUCUAUCUAUCUAUCUAUCUAUCUAUCUAUAUAUCAUCCUUAUCUUUAUAUGUAUGUAUGUAUGUAUGUAUGUAUCUAUCUACCUAUCUAUCAGCUUGUGCAGACGUCUAUAUCCCUUGUCCCAACAGAUAAAUGGCUACCAACGUCCCCCACUCUCUCCCACACCCUCCCUCUCUCUCCCUCGCCUCCAUUCCUCUCUCUCUCCCUCUUCCCCCUCUCUUUCUCUCUCUCUCUCUCUCUCUGAACUACUAAGAAUAUCUUCAUAUUUUUGGCUAUCUUCCCAUCAUUCUUUCGAUUUCCAACGCCAUCAGCCAAUAACUCUUCCAACACUAUCAUCCGAUCUCUCUUGCUAUUCAUCCGUUCGUUCUUCCGAUUUCCAAAGCUAUCAUCCGUUCGUUCUUCAGAUUUCCAAAGCUAUCAUCCGUUCGUUCUUCCGAUUUCCAAAGCUAUCAUCCGUUCGUUCUUCAGAUUUCCAAAGCUAUCAUCCGUUCAUUCUUCAGAUUUCCAAAGCUAUCAUCCGUUCAUUUCCAAAGCUAUCAUCCGUUCAUUCUUCAGAUUUCCAAAGCUAUCAUCCGUUCGUUCUUCAGAUUUCCAAAGCUAUCAUCCGUUCAUUCUUCAGAUUUCCAAAGCUAUCAUCCGUUCAUUCUUCAGAUUUCCAAAGCUAUCAUCCGUUCGUUCUUCAGAUUUCCAAAGCUAUCAUCCGUUCGUUCUUCAGAUUUCCAAAGCUAUCAUCCGUUCGUUCUUCCGAUUUCCAAAGCUAUCAUCCGUUCGUUCUUCAGAUUUCCAAAGCUAUCAUCCGUUCGUUCUUCCGAUUUCCAAAGCUAUCAUCCGUUCAUUCUUCCGAUUUCCAAAGCUAUCAUCCUUUCAUUCUUCAGAUUUCCAAAGCUAUCAUCCGUUCGUUCUUCCGAUUUCCAAAGCUAUCAUCCGUUCAUUCUUCAGAUUUCCAAAGCUAUCAUCCGUUCGUUCUUCAGAUUUCCAAAGCUAUCAUCCGUUCAUUCUUCAGAUUUCCAAAGCUAUCAUCCGUUCGUUCUUCCGAUUUCCAAAGCUAUCAUCCGUUCGUUCUUCCGAUUUCCAAAGCUAUCAUCCGUUCGUUCUUCCGAUUUCCAAAGCUAUCAUCCGUUUGUUCUUCAGAUUUCCAAAGCUAUCAUCCGUUCGUUCUUCCGAUUUCCAAAGCUAUCAUCCGUUCGUUCUUCCGAUUUCCAAAGCUAUCAUCCGUUCGUUCGUUAGAUUUCCAAAGCUAUCAUCCGUUCGUUCUUCCGAUUUCCAAAGCUAUCAUCCGUUCAUUCUUCAGAUUUCUAAAGCUAUCAUCCGUUCAUUCUUCAGAUUUCCAAAGCUAUCAUCCGUUCGUUCUUCCGAUUUCCAAAGCUAACACCCGUUCAUUCUUCAGAUUUCCAAAGCUAUCAUCCAUUCGUUCUUCUUUCCAAAGCUAUCAUCCGUUCAUUCUUCAAAAAGCUAUCAUCCGUUCGUUCUUCAAAUUUCCAAAGCUAUCAUCAUUCUUCCGAUUUCCAAAGCUUCAUCCGUUCAUUCUUCAGAUUUCCAAAGCUAUCAUCCGUUCGUUCUUCCGAUUUCCAAAGCUAUCAUUCCGUUCCAAAGCUUCAUCCGUUCGUUCUUCAGAUUUCCAAAGCUAUCAUCCGUUCAUUCUUCAGAUUUCCAAAGCUAUCAUCCGUUCGUUCUUCAGAUUUCCAAAGCUAUCAUCCCUAUCAUCCGUUCAUUCUUCAGAUUUCCAAAAGCUAUCAUCCGUUCAUUCUUCAGAUUUCCAAGCUAUCAUCCGUUCGUUCUUCCGAUUUCCAAAGCUAUCAUCCGUUCGUUCUUCCGAUUUCCAAAGCUAUCAUCCGUUCAUUCUUCAGAUUUCCAAAGCUAUCAUCCGUUCGUUCUUCCGAUUUCCAAAGCUAUCAUCCGUUCGUUCUUCCGAUUUCCAAAGCUAUCAUCCGUUCAUUCUUCAGAUUUCCAAAGCUAUCAUCCGUUCGUUCUUCCGAUUUCAAAGCUAUCAUCCGUUCGUUCUUCCGAUUUCCAAAGCUAUCAUCCGUUCGUUCUUCAAAUUUUCCAGCUAUCCGUUCGUUCUUCCGAUUUCCAAAGCUAUCAUCCGUUCAUUCUUCCGAUUUCCAAAGCUCAUCCGUUCAUUCUUCAGAUUCUUCAUCCGUUCGUUCUUCCGAUUUCCAAAGCUAUCAUCCGUUCAUUCUUCAGAUUUCCAAAGCUAUCAUCCGUUCAUUCUUCCGAUUUCCAAAGCUAUCAUUCUUCAGUUUCCAAAGCUAUCAUCCGUUCAUUCUUCCGAUUUUCCAAAAGCUAUCAUCCGUUCAUUCUUCAGAUUUCCAAAGCUAUCAUCCGUUCAUUCUUCAGAUUUCCAAAGCUAUCAUCCGUUCAUUCUUCAAAUUUCCAAAAGCUAUCAUUUCCAAAGCUAUCAUCCGUUCGUUCUUCAGAUUUCCAAAGCUAUCAUCCGUUUUCUUCAGCCAAAGCUAUCAUCCGUUCAUUCUUCAGAUUUCCAAAGCUAUCAUCCGUUCAUUCUUCAGAUUUCCAAAGCUAUCAUCCGUUCAUUCUUCAGAUUUCCAAAGCUAUCAUCCGUUCGUUCUUCAGAUUUCUAUCAUCCGUUCAUUCUUCAGAUUUCCAAAGCUAUCAUCCGUUCAUUCUUCAGAUUUCCAAAGCUAUCAUCCGUUCGUUUCUUCAUCCGUUCAUUCUUCAUUUCCAAAGCUAUCAUCCGUUCAUUCUUCCGAUUUCCAAAGCUAUCAUCCGUUCGUUCUUCGUUUCCAAAGCUAUCAUCCGUUCAUUCUUCGAUUUCCAAAGCUAUCAUCCGUUCAUUCUUCAGAUUUCCAAAGCUAUCAUCAUUCAUUCUUCAGAUUCUAUCAUCCGUUUUUCUUCUGAUUUCCAAAGCUAUCAUCCGUUCGUUCUUCAGAUUUCCAAAGCUAUCAUCCGUUCAUUCUUCCGAUUUCCAAAGCUAUCAUCCGUUCGUUCUUCAGAUUUCCAAAGCUAUCAUCCGUUCAUUCUUCAGAUUUCCAAAGCUAUCAUCCGUUCGUUCUUCCGAUUUCCAAAGCUAUCAUUCUUCGUUCGUUCUUCCGAUUUCCAAAGUUCGUUCUUCAUUUCAUCAUCGUUCAUUCUUCAGAUUUCAGAUUCUUCAGAUUUCCAAAGCUAUCAUCCGUUCGUUCUUCCGUUUCCAAAGCUAUCAUUUCAUUCUUCAGAUUUCAAGCUAUCAUCCGUUCAUUCUUCAGAUUUCCAAAGCUAUCAUCCGUUCAUUCUUCAGAUUUCCAAAGCUAUCAUCCGUUCGUUCUUCAUUUUCCAAAAGCUAUCAUCCGUUCGUUCUUCCGAUUUCCAAAGCUAUCAUCCGUUCGUUCUUCAGAUUUCCAAAGCUAUCAUCCGUUCGUUCUUCAGAUUUCCAAAGCUAUCAUCCGUUCGUUCUUCAGAUUUCCAAAGCUAUCAUCCGUUCGUUCUUCAGAUUUCAAAAGCUAUCAUCCGUUCUUCUUCCGAUUUCCAAAGCUAUCAUCCGUUCGUUCUUCAGAUUUCCAAAUCUAUCAUCCGUUUAUUCUUCAGAUUUCCAAAAGCUAUCAUCCGUUCAUUCUUCAGAUUUCCAAAGCUAUCAUCCGUUCAUUCUUCCGAUUUCCAAAGCUAUCAUCCGUUCAUUCUUCAGAUUUCCAAAGCUAUUAUCCGUUCGUUCUUCCGAUUUCCAAAGCUAUCAUCCGUUCGUUCCGUAUCAUCCGUUCAUUCUUCAGAUUUCCAAAGCUAUCAUCCGUUCAUUCUUCAGAUUUCCAAAGCUAUCAUCCGUUCAUUCUUCAUUUCCGUAUCAUCCGUUCAUUCUUCAGAUUUCCAAAGCUAUCAUCCGUUCAUUCUUCAGAUUUCCAAAGCUAUCAUCCGUUCGUUCUUCAUUUCCGUUCUAUCAUCCGUUCAUUCUUCAAUUUCCAAAGCUAUCAUCCGUUCAUUCUUCAGAUUUCCAAAGCUAUCAUCUGUUUAUUCUUCAGAUUUCCAAAUCUGUUUAUAUCAUCCGUUCGUUCUUCAGAUUUCCAAAGCUAUCAUCCGUUCAUUCUUCAGAUUUCAAAGCUAUCAUCCGUUCAUUCUUCAAAUUUCCAAAGCUAUCAUCCGUUCGUUCUUCCGAUUUCCAAAGCUAUCAUCCGUUCAUUCUUCUGAUUUCCAAAGCUAUCAUCCGUUCGUUCUUUCGAUUUCAAAGCUAUCAUCCGUUCAUUCUUCAGAUUUCCAAUCAUCCGUUAUUUCUUCCGAUCAUCCGUUCGUUCUUCAGAUUUCCAAAGCUAUCAUCCGUUCGUUCUUCCAAUUUCCAAAGCUAUCAUCCGUUCAUUCUUCAGAUUUCCAAAGCUAUCAUCCGUUCAUUCUUCAGAUUUCCAAAGCUAUCAUCCGUUCGUUCUUCUGAUUUUCAGUUGGUUCUUCCGAUUUCCAAAGCUAUCAUCCGUUCGUUCUUCCGAUUUCCAAAGCUAUCAUCCGUUCGUUCUUCUGAUUUCCGAAGCUAUCAUCUGUUCAUUCUUCAGAUUUCCAAAGCUAUCAUCCGUUCAUUCUUCAGAUUUCCAAAGAUAUCAUCCGUUCGAUUUCCAAAGCUAUCAUCCGUUCGUUCUUCUGAUUUCCUAAGCUACUAUCAGUUGGUUCUUCCGAUUUCCAAAGCUAUCAUCCGUUCGUUCUUCCGAUUUCCAAAGCUAUCAUCCGUUCAUUCUUCAGAUUUCCAAAGCUUUCAUCCGUUCAUUCUUCAGAUUUCCAAAGCUAUCAUCCGUUCUUUCUUCCGAUUUCCAAAGCUAUCAUCCGUUUGUUCUUCAGAUUUCCAAAGCUUUCAUCCGUUCGUUCUUCAGAUUUUCAAAGCUAUCAUCCGUUAUUCUUCCGAUUUCCAAAGCUAUCAUCCGUUCGUUCUUCCGAUUUCCAAAGCUAUCAUCCGUUCAUUCUUCAGAUUUCCAAAGCUAUCAUCCGUUCGUUCCUCCGAUUUCCAAAGCUAUCAUCCGUUCGUUCUUCAGAUUUCCAAAGCUAUCAUCCGUUCGUUCUUCAGAUUUCAAAAGCUAUCAUCCCUUCAUUCUUCAGAUUUCCAAAGCUAUCAUCCGUUCGUUCUUCAGAUUUCCAAAGCUAUCAUCCGUUCGUUCUUCAGAUUUCAAAAGCUAUCAUCCCUUCAUUCUUCAGAUUUCCAAAGCUAUCAUCCGUUCGUUCUUCCGAUUUCAAAAGCUAUCAUCCGUUCGUUCUUCCGAUUUCCAAAGCUAUCAUCCGUUCAUUCUUCAGAUUUCCAAAGCUAUCAUCCGUUCGUUCUUCCGAUUUCCAAAGCUAUCAUCCGUUCAUUCUUCAGAUUUCCAAAGCUAUCAUCCGUUCGUUCUUCAGAUUUCCAAAGCUAUCAUCCGUUCGUUCUUCAGAUUUCCAAAGCUAUCAUCCGUUCGUUCUUCAGAUUUCCAAAGCUAUCAUCCGUUCAUUCUUCCGAUUUCCAAAGCUAUCAUCCGUUCGUUCUUCCGAUUUCCAAUACCAAUCUUCCAAUCACUUUUUCGGUUUCCAAUACUAUCUCCUGA